GUCAUCAAGUUGGGCACUGAGGAGUGAGGACAACCAAUGAGGUUUAGGGGGAGCGUUUUAGUUCUGAGACCGAAAGACAAAUGCAGAAGAAUGGUGUGGAGCUGGAGGAACUGGAACAGGGUGAUGCCCAAGGUUCAUCGGGUGAGGUUGCUUCUGGGGAUCAUAUGGAUAUCACCCUCACCACCAUCCUUGUUUCCAAUGGCGACUCCCGCAUUCAGGUUGUUGUUUCUGAUGGGGACCAACUCUCUCCCAAGAAACCUCACCUUUCUAGGACUCCCAGCUCUCACGAUGAAUGCAGAGUUUGUAAUGCGGACAUGGAAGAAGAUUUGAUAGAGCUUGGAUGCCAUUGUAGAGGUUGGCUUGCAAAAGCUCACCGAACAUGUAUAGAUACUUGGUUCCGUACAAGAGGUUCAAACAAAUGCGAGAUAUGCAAACAGGUAGCCGUAAAUGUGCCACCUCCAGAGUCGCUGCCGAGUGGGGGUUUUAGACCAGUUUGCGUGGCUUUGACAAUCCUCAUUUUUGGUCUCCUGCUGGAUGUGCUGGUAUCAAUUGUUUUUGGUGUGUCUUUACUGUGAACAUCAUGAUUGGUAUCAUGUCUGUGCUUGGAUUUGGAAAUGCACUUUGCAUUGCUGGGCGAUUCAGCCAGAGUUCAAGGAGAAUAAUGCAAGUAGCCGAAACAAAUAUGAAUCUUGGGUACCUUCCCGCUUUGUAGCUAAAUAUGUAAACAAUAAGAUUCAAAAAUUGUCAUCCACCUUUUGCUCCUCUUAGAGUUAAGAGACCUUGAAUAGAUGGGAUUAUUCAGUUGGGUGUGUCUAGAAAUUCUUUUUGUACAUCUCCAAUGUUGUCAAAUCCUCUUUCAAGAGUAAGAUUUUUAAUCUGAUUGUCCA